UGCGCGGCGGCCGGGAGACCAUGUCUGCACCGCCUGCGCUGCAGAUCCGGGAGGCGAACGCGCAUCUGGCGGCCGUACACCGGCGCGCGGCGGAGCUGGAGACGCGGCUGCUGGCGGCGGAACGCACGGUCCGCGCGCAGGCCGAGCGUCUGGCCCGCCACGACCAGCAGCUGCGCACCGCCCUGGACGAACUGGGCCGCGUCAAGGACCGGGAAAUUUCCGCCCUCCAGGAGCAGCUGCUGAGCUCGGAGGCCACUGUCCGCAGUCUGCAGGCUGCAGUGGACCAGAGGGACCAGUUGAUCCAGCAGUUGCAGCCCCAGGCUGACCUGCUGCAGGACAUCGCUCGCCGUCGACCACCCCUGGCUGCGCUGCUGGCCACCCUGGAGGAGGCUGAGCGACUGGGCCCCUCGCCAGCCAGCAGCCAGAGCCAGCUGCUUCCCGAUGGGCCUGGCCCACCCCUGGGCAACAGCACUGGGGAGGGCCAGGAUGACCUGCAGCCUGCCGUCUUUGGGACCACAGUGUGAGCUGCCCUGGCGGAUCAGAUCUCAGAAUGUGUGGCCAAGGCCCAGAGCCCUGGAUGUCACCAGUGUCCCUGAAGGGUCCUGGGAUAUUAUUGGGAUAUCUCAUAAACAUCAGAACAAGCGAAAGGCCAAAAUCCCAUUUAAAGCAGUUCCACUCCCCUCCCUCAGCGCCUGGGGCAUCUGCUACAUUCAGUUGAUUUUAAAUAAUUUCAAAAAAUAAAGGCGGAGGCAGUG